AUUUUCUUCGAUUCAGCUUCUUCUGCAAAAAUAUCUUCAAAGAGGACUUGCAGCUAAUAAUAAUACCUUCAAACUUCGUCGUCGUCUCUCCAAGUAAAACUCCAAGUCCAUACUCAUGGAAGAUUGUCAAAACAACCAAGACGACGAUGUUUUCUCCUUCUUCGCACCUCCUUACGAAUCCACCUUCUCCGCCGCAACUCCGUCCACGCUUUUCAACCGUUCAGCUUACUCCUCUUCUUCUUCAGGCGACGAUGAGGACUCCUCUCAGCCUUCCGUUGACGACAGCAACAAACGAAUCGAUUACAUGAUCCAAUUUCUUGACCGGAGAUUAAGCGAAGACGGUAAUUUCGACGGGAUCGGUGAUGGGAAUGGUACGGAUAGGUCUGAUUCGUUACCGGAGUUUGUUGGUAAGUGUGGGGAUUCUGGGAUUUUUAAGGUUCCGAUUAGGUCGGCGGUUCAUCCGAAUCGUCCGCCGUGUCUUGAUUUGAGGCCUCAUCCACUUAGGGAAACUCAAAUUGGGAGGUUUUUGAGGACGAUGACGAGUACACAGAGACAGUUAUGGGCUGGUGGUGAGGAUGGUGCGUUGAGAGUUUGGGAGUUUAGUGAAUUGUAUGGAAGUGGGAGGGGAUUAGAGGUAGAGGAUACGGCACCGUAUAAGGAGAGUUUGGGGAAUGAGAUUGGGUCUGCUGUGGUUUGUAUGAUUGGUGAUGAAGGUAGUAGAGUGGUUUGGAGUGGGCAUAGAGAUGGGAGGAUUAAAUGUUGGAGGUUGAGAGGUGACCAUGGUAUUGAAGAAGCUUUGUCCUGGCAAGCUCAUCGUGGUCCUGUUCUCUCCAUUGCCAUCUCGGCUUAUGGAGAUAUAUGGUCAGGGUCUGAGGGAGGUGCUCUUAAAGUUUGGCCCUGGGAUGACGCUCUUGGGAAGUCUCUUUCUUUGAAGAUGGAAAUGAGGCACAUGGCUGCGUUAUCAGUGGAGAGAUCGUAUAUUGACCCUAGGAACCUGGUUUCGGCCAAUGGAUUUGCUAAUACAUUAACAGCAGAUGUUACAGUCCUCGUAUCUGAUCAUACAAGGGCAAGAAUGUGGAGUGCUAGUCCCCUGACAUUUGCUUUGUGGGAUGCUCGCACAAGGGAUUUAAUCAAAGUAUUCAGUAUUGACGGGCAGCUCGAGCGAACUGAUAAUUCUAUAUAUCCUGAUUUUGGGAUAGAGGAAGAGGGGAAGAUGAAGAAUGCUUCGAAGAAAGAGAAAGCUCAAUCUUCUCUUGGUUUCUUUCAGCGGUCUCGUAAUGCUCUUAUGGGAGCAGCUGAUGCUGUUCGUCGUGCUGCAACGAAAGGGGGGUUUUGUGAUGAUAGUAGGAAAACUGAGGCUGUUGUCAUAACAGUUGAUGGACUGAUCUGGACAGGAAGUUCAAAUGGUGUACUUAUGCGAUGGGAUGGAAAUGGUAAUUGUUUGCAAGAUUACUCAUACCAGUCCUCUGGUAUUCUCUGCAUGUUCACUUUUUGUUCUCGAAUAUGGGUUGGUUAUUCCAACGGCACUGUUCAGGUAUUGGACCUUGAAGGAAAGCUACUUGGAGGAUGGGUAGCUCAUAGUGGUCCUGUGAUAAAAAUGGCUAUCGGGGGUGGUUAUAUAUUUACCCUGGCAAAUCAUGGAGGUAUUCGUGGGUGGAAUGUUACUUCUCCAGGGCCCCUUGACAAUGUAUUGCGAGCUGAGUUGGCUGGGAAAGAAUUUUUAUAUUCAAGGAUAGAGAAUCUGAAAAUAUUAGCUGGUACAUGGAAUGUUGGAGAGGGGAGAGCAUCGACCGACUCGCUUGUAUCUUGGCUAGGCUGUGCUGCAGCUGGAGUUGAGAUUGUAGUUGUUGGACUGCAAGAAGUUGAAAUGGGUGCAGGAGUUCUUGCAAUGUCUGCAGCAAAAGAAACAGUGGGAAUUGAGGGUAGUCCACUUGGUCAGUGGUGGCUGGAUAUGAUCGGGAAAACUUUGGAUGAGGGAUCUUCUUUUGUUCGUGUUGGCUCAAGGCAACUGGCAGGGUUGCUAAUUUGUGUAUGGGUUAGACAUGACUUAAAACCUCAUGUGGGAGAUGUUGACGCCGCUGCGGUUCCUUGUGGUUUUGGACGAGCGAUUGGCAAUAAGGGUGCUGUUGGUGUGCGACUCAGAAUGUAUGAUCGAGUAUUGUGCUUUGUAAAUUGUCAUUUUGCUGCACAUUUGGAAGCGGUUAGCCGGCGAAAUGCUGACUUUGACCAUGUUUAUCGAACAAUGACAUUCUCAAGGCAGUCUAGUUCACUCAAUACGGGAGUUGGUAUGCUGCGAAAUUUAUUUCUAUCAUGCUGUGUUGCCUGCUCAGCUUAUUAUUUUUUGCCUAUUCAUUGGUCACUCUUGUUAUUGGUCUCCUCCAUUGCAGCUGGUGCUUCAUUUGGUGUUUCAGUGCCUCGUGGUGGCAAUGCUGUGGGUGUCAACACAGUUGAAUCAAGGCCUGAAUUAUCCGAGGCAGACAUGGUCGUAUUUAUUGGAGAUUUUAAUUACCGUUUGGAUGAUAUAACUUAUGAUGAAACAAGGGAUUUCAUUUCGCAAAGAUGUUUUGAUUGGCUUAGAGAAAAAGAUCAGCUACAUGCUGAAAUGGAAGCUGGGAAUGUUUUUCAAGGGAUGCGUGAAGCAAUUAUCAGGUUCCCUCCAACAUACAAAUUUGAAAGGCACCAAGCUGGUCUAGCAGGAUAUGAUUCUGGGGAAAAGAAGCGGAUUCCUGCCUGGUGUGACAGGAUUCUAUAUCGCGAUAACAAGAAACAUUUGGGAUCUGAGUGCAGUUUGGACUGUCCAGUGGUGUCUUCUAUAUCACAGUAUGAUGCCUGCAUGGAUGUGACAGACAGUGACCACAAGCCCGUUCGCUGUGUAUUUAGUGUCAAGAUUGCGAGGGUAGAUGAAUCAGUUAGGAGACAAGAAUUUGGUAACAUCAUUAAAUCGAAUAAGAAAAUCAAGGUCAUGCUUGGAGAGUUAAGCAAGGUUCCAGAAACAGUUGUCAGCACCAAUAAUAUAAUUCUCCAAAAUCACGAUUCAACUAUUUUGCGCAUUACAAAUAAGAGUGAGAAGAACAUCGCUUUCUUCAAAAUAAUUUGUGAAGGCCAAGCCAAGAUUGAGGACGACGGUCAGGCACACGAUCACCGAGCAAGAGGCUCUUUCGGGUUUCCCCAGUGGCUGGAGGUAUCUCCAGGAACUGGAACAAUCAAGCCAAACCAAAUAGCCGAGGUAUCAGUCCAUCUCGAAGACUUCCCAACAGUAGAAGAAUUCGUGGACGGUGUUGCUCAGAAUUCUUGGUGUGAAGACGCUAGAGACGAGGAAGUAAUAUUAGUCCUAGUAGUACACGGAAGGUUCUCGACUGAGACAAGAAACCAUAAAAUCCGUGUGCGUCACUGCCCUCGUGGAAAGAAAAAAAACGACGACGAUAGACCCAAAACCUCGGGACAAAUAAACGCUCUUCAUCGCUCUGAUUAUCAACAACUAAGCAACACUCUCGAUGUUGUUGAGCAGCUAAGGAACUUGCACAGUCCAUAGAUCCAAUUCUAAGUGUACAGAUAUGAACCUCCCCGAGGUUUCUAAGUAAUUCGUAACUCGAUUUCGCGUGUUUUAAUGGGAAAAAUUUGUGUGAUUAAGAGGACAAAAGAGAUUAGCUUCUUACGUUUUUUUGUUUUAAGAGGCUAGUUAUGGUAUGCAGGGGGGAUAUGUUCUACUAAGUGUUAUAUUAUUGCUGUAUAAGUAAUGUGUUUGUAUAAUGUAACCUUAUUGCUUGUGUAAUUCUCAUUUCUCACUCAAUAAGUAUUUCGAUACUUCCUACUAUGUACGUGUAAACGAAACUCUUUUGAUAAAACGUAGCUUUAGUGCCUUUGUUUACU